AUGGAGACCAACAAGAGAUUUAAUAAGAAUGAAGCAAGGUUGGAUAAUAUUGAAACUCGUAUGUCUAAUAUGGGGGAUACAAUGAAGUCUAUAUUGGUCCAAGUGGGACAAUUUGCAAUUACUAUUGGUUCUCGGCAUAAAGGAAAUUUACCUAGUGACACAGAAGUGAACCCCAAGGAGCAAUGUAAAGUUAAUUAUCUGAGAAAUGGUAGGGAGAUUGACGGGGGUGUGACUGAGGAGAAAAAGACUCGUCCAAGGGUGGAUAACAAUAUAAAAAGUGAGCCAGUAGUACAAGAAAUUAAAAAGGAGGAAAAAGUAGCAAAGAAAAGUAUAAAUGAGAAACCUACAAUGAAGAAAGAUAAUCUUCCUAUGUACCAACGACAAUUACCAUAUCCGCAAAGAUUCCUAAAGAAUAAACUUGAUGAUCAGUUUGCAAAGUUUUUAGAGAUAUUCAAGAAGAUUAACAUCAACAUUCCAUUUGUUGAUGCUCUUGAGAAAAUGCCCAAUUAUGUCAAUUUAUGA